UCAUUGGUCCUCUUCUGCCCAGAGUCUCCUCGUUGGUUAGUUAGUAAGGGUAGAGAUGCCGAGGCACUCCGUACCUUGGCUUACUACCAUGCCGAUGGUGACGAGCAAGAUCCCCUCAUUCAGCACGAAUUCCGUGAAAUUAAGGCUGCCAUCGAAUUUGAUCGUAGCGUUGCUGCCAACGUCGGUUGGAGGUCUCUCAUUGUCACCCGGGGAAAUCUCAAGCGCAUGCGAAUCAUUGUCGCUCUCGCUUUCUUUUCAACGUGGUCUGAGAACGGUCUCAUUUCGUACUACCUGAACGAGGUCUUCACUCAAAUUGGCAUCACAGGCUCUAGCACUCAGUUGCUCAUCAACGGUGUCCUGCAAAUUUGGAAUCUGUUCUGGGCUAUCCUUGCUGCCUUCAUGGUUGAUAGACUCGGGCGUCGAUUCCUUUUCUUGUCCUCUGUCGCUUUGAUGACCUUGUUCUACACCGCGCAAGCCGUUUGCUUCGCGGAAUAUGCCAAGCACGGAGUGGCCCCCGCCGGCCAUGCCGUCGUUGGCUUUGUCUUCCUGUUCUUCGCAGCCUAUGACAUUGCGUUUACUCCCCUCAUUAUCUCAUACACAAUCGAAAUUCUUCCAUUCUCUUUGCGCGCGAAGGGUUUCAUUGUCUUCAGUUUCGUCAUUUCUGUGGCCCUCACCUUCAACCAGUAUGUCAACCCCAUCGCCCUUGAUGCUCUUGGGUGGAAGUACUAUGUA